UAGGCUGAAAGGCAAUAUCUCUUCAUACCCGGGAGACUGCUUUUCCCUCUUGCUCUCUCCAUACUCCAGCACAACAACAUCCGCAUACCAGGAUAGCAACACAUCAAGAUCGCGGUACCAAAUAUCAAGCUGUCAAGCUAGGAGAGUAUGUCUUACCAGAUGACGAUCAACGACACUUCUCCCCUGGUGCAGUACACCGGCGGGUGGAACCAGUGUUUUACCGUCUCGGGGUGUACGGCCAGCGCGGCGGGCGCCUCCGGUGUAGGGGAGAGCUAUCACGCGGUGAAUGGCAGUGGGGUAUUACAGUUGACGUUUUCUGGGGAUUCGAUACAGGUGUUUGGAGAGUUCGGGGAUGCGGCUGCCGGGACGAUCUCCGUUGAUGGCAGCGCGCUCGCGACCAGCUACUCUGCCUCUAGCGCGGAAGGACUCGACACCCUCCUCGCUUCGGCACAAAACCUCUCAUCUUCUCAGCACACCCUCCAACUGCAACCUUCGGGCCCGCUAAACUUCACCAGCGCAGUAGUCAGCGUCUCCUCUCCCUCAUUUCAAGCCGUGCAGCCUACCUCCUUGCCAUACUGGGACCCAAGCAUCACCUACUCGGGAACAUGGACGUACCCCACAGUCCAGGGACUGCCCAACGGCACUGCAAGGACGAACGAGCUCGGCGCACAGGCUAGGCUCGGGUUCAAUGGAGUGGGAGUGGUGGUAUAUUCGAGUUUGAACAACGGACACGGACCGUUUAACGUUACACUUGACGGGCAGACAACCGAGUACACAGCGGCCGGGGAACAGUGGCUCGUACCGGAGACGAUCGUGUACUAUGCUUCCCACCUACAGGAGGGAUCCCACGAGCUCGUGUUGAGCAAUAACGGCGCUGGGGGGAGCACAACGUUUACGCUGAAUAGCAUCACUGUUUACCAGCUGGCUGGGAGUGGGCCGGCUACCGGAGGGAAUUCGACUACUACUGCUCCUACGACGGCGUCAACUACUCCUGCUCCGGCUGGAAAUGGAGGGAAUGGUAGUACGUGUGAUAGGCGGAGUGGCCGGCCUGGCAUUCCUCAUCCUCGCUGUGUUCUUCUACCGCCGACAUGCGGCUAG